CUUCUGGAACAUGGCCACACAGCCCGAAAGACAUACAACAACCCUUUAAAAGAAAUGCUUUUGGGUUGGAAAGAAUAGUUGUUUACAAGAAACGUUGCCCAGGGGAUUCCCAACUGGAUUUAAUCAGUCUUCGAGGAGGCUCUUUCCAUGUCCCCCACUGCAUGAACACCAAGCACAAAGUUGCUGCACACAGUAACAUCCUGCGGAAACUUACUGGCAGCACAUGGGAUGCCCUGGCCUUGUCUUACUCAACUGCUGAGUACGCCUGUCCUGUCUGGCACAAGUCUCUGUGCAAAGCAGGUGAACAUAGCACUGAACGAAACAUGCAGAAUAAUCACAGGAUGCCUUAAACCUACACCUGUUGAUAAACUCUACAAACUAACUGGCAUUGGCCACCCUGAUGUGCAAUGGGAAGUUGCUGCUAACUGUGAGAGAAAUAAAGUUGAACACUGUGAAAGCCAUCCACUGCAUGACUAUCAGCCUCCUCCCUGUAGACUCAAAUCAAGCAAAAGCUUCAUGAGAACCACCGCUCCUCUUAAUGUUCCAAUAUCAACAGCAAGAGUAUUCCUCUGGGCAGCUAAACCAGGCAAUCCCAACUGGAUGGUUCCCCAUGAGAGUCUGCCUCCAGGGGCAAACCAAGAAUGGACAACUCGGAAAUCCCUAAAUAGACUCAGAGUAGGGUGAGCAGAUCAAAAGACAACCUGGCAAGAUAACACUAUCUGGAGGAAUCCUCUACCUUGUGUGAUUGUGGAGCAGAACAAACAACUCCGCGUAUGUAUGCUUGACCAUAAUGUCCUGCCUCAUAUACGGAGUGAGAGUUGUUUAAAGCUACGGACAGUGUGGUCGCUGCUGCCCACUUUUGGUCUAAAACUAUUUAGCUGCUUGUGAUUCCUUUAUUUUAUCACUUUUAGACAUUUAUUAUGCAGUGCUUUUGACACGAAAUAAAAAUAAACAUCUGUGUCCACAAGUUUUGGAUCUACAAUUGCCAGCAGUCCCAUCCAGGAUAGCUAAUUGUUUGAAUUAUGGAAAUUGUAAUCCUAAACAUCUGAAGAGUAGAAAAAAGUGAUAUAUGUGUAUAUAUCUAUGAUCCUACAUAAUCUGAGGUUUUGUGGCUCUUAAGUGAUGGAUACCUAAAGGUUAUUGAGAUGUAAGAUGCUGGGCAUUUUGAAGCCAUCAUGGGAACAAGGAACAUUCUUGCCUUCAAAACAGAAUUGUAUAUUGUAUUUUAUUAAGGGCAUUUUGUCAGUUUUAGUUGGAAACAUCACUUAUAUCUUUUGAUGGGGUAGAAAUCACACAGUUCAGUUCUACUGAGAUGUUGAGCUUUUAAAAGAAUUGUUGCAACGGAGAAGGGAUGCUAAUAGAUGAAAAUUGCAUUCUUAAUUUUCUAGAUACACAGAGUCUAACGAAAUAGUCAGAUAUGGCAUUUGACAACAAAGUUCUCAUACUGGUGUAAUAAAAAUGGCCAGUUUAAGUUGUGAAGAAGUGCAUGGAAGCAUAAGUUUUCACAAUAAGACUAGUCUGUAACAGCCACAUAUUGGCGAAACCAUCCACAGGCCUAUGCAUUGCUGCACUUUACUACUCACAACCUCACAACCUCUGAGGAUGCCUGCCAUGGAUGUGGGCGAAACGUCAGGAGAGAAUACUUCUGGAACAUGGCCAUACAGCCCGGAAAACAUACAACAACCCACUUUACUACUGUUUAACACACAUCUAAGCUACCUGGUUAUGUUUACUCGUGCAUGUGUAUGAACAGAGGUGAUACUUUUGCGUCCCUGCAUUUGAGCUGCAAGUCCUAGGAAUUAUAGCUAGUAUAGUCAGACAUGAGGAAUAUUAGGAAUUGCAGUUCAGCAAUACCUAGGAAGGCCACUUAAUUCCCUCUUUUGAGUUAAAAUUUAAAUUAUUGAAUAGAACUGCUGUGUACUGUCCACAGAAAGCCAAAUUUGCUUUCAGGAAAUAUGUAGGCAAUUGGGGCUGUCACCAGGCACUUGUAGGCAAAAACUCAGUUCCAUGUGGCCUAUUUUGGAUUUAAAUCAUGGGUUAGGUGAGAGAGAAGAUCUUUGCCUACUUGCUAGAUCAUUGUAAUCCCAUCAUUAGGAUUGUGUCAUUUGAUCACAUGUGAAUACAUGCUUGAUUUGGGAAGCAAAACGGUGGUUGAGUCUUGGAUCAUUAGAUGAUCCAAUUGCACCUCCCAGAAGUCUGAAAUACUAUUGCCAGUGGUGUGGGAUUCGGAAUAACAUAGUAACAAACAUUUAGUGAUGGAGAUUUGAGGACCACUACUGUUACAAUUCAAGAGAGUUUGAAAAAGAGGAGAGACUUUUCUGCAAAGGUAAUUAUGUGGUCACUUUCUGUUCAUUCAUUAUGACCUUGAAGUUUAAGCAAGCAUGCUCUCAUUCCUUGUAUAUAGGAUGUCUAAGGCCAGUGCAUUUAUCAGCUACCACUUUAAACCUAUGAAUUUUAUGCUUUUGAGCCACAGUGCAACCAUGGGUGCAAAAGGUGUUGUCUUAUAUUUCACAAUCAGUUUGUAAAGCAACACUUACUUUGCAGUCAUUUGUUUGGCUCCCCCCAAAAAAACAAAACAAAACAAACAAACAAAAAAACUCCUCAGGCUACUAAACAAGUGCUCUUCCAGUACUUUCGCCUUCUGAGGGCAUUCUACCCAAUGAAUAAAUGGUUGCUAAUUGAGGCCUGGUCAAGGGUGCAGAGAAGUAAAUUUUGGUAAAGGAACAGAUUUAGAAUGUCCCUUCUAAAACAUGAUUCAUGAAAAACAUGGAAGCAUCUUUCAGUCACUUGUGCCUUUCUGAAUAGGUACAGCAUGUUGUGUCAGCCAAGAUUAGGUCAGUCAGGCAAAAUACAUCUAACAUGUUGCCGGAAUCACUGGGUUGUUGUGCAUUUUCUGGCCUGUAUGGCCAUGUUCCAGAAGCAUUCUUUCCUGACCUUUCACCCACAUCUGUGGCAGGCAUCCUCUGAGGUUGUAAGGUAUAUUGGAAAAACUAAGCAAGGAAAGUUUAUAUAUCUGGAAGGUCCAGGGUGGGAAAAAGAACUCUUGUCUGUUGGAGGACUGUGUGAAUGUUGUAAUUAAUCAUCUUGAUUAGCAUUAAUGGACUUUCCAGCUCCAUGUUCUGGCUUCUUCCUGCCUGGGGGAAUACUUUGUUCAGAGAUGUUAGCUGCCCCUGAUUGAUUCAUGUCUGGAAUUCCUCUGUUUUCAGAGUGCUGUUCCUUAUUUACUGUUCUGAUUUUAGAGUUUUUUUCUAGUACUGGUAGCCAUAUUUUGUUCAUUUUCAUGAUUUCCUCCUUUCUGUUGAAAUUGUCCACAUGCUUGUGAAUUUCAGUGGCUUCUCUGUGUAGUCUGACAUGAUAGUUGUUAGAGUGGUCCAGCACUUGUAUUGUCUCAAAUAAUAUACUGUGUCUAGGUUGGUUCAUCAAGUGCUCUAUAAUGAUUUGGGAGUUUCACUGCUCACGGCAAAGGUGAACUUUAUAAUAGAAAGCAAUGGAGAGUGGUCAGCUUGCCCUGGUAAGCAAAUAAAGAGUGAGAUCUCAUUGCCCACCCUUUAUUUACUGGAGCCACGGUGAUGCAAUGAGUUAUACCCUUGUGCUGGCUAGAUUGCUGACCUGAAGUUAGGUUGCUGACUAAAGGUUGCUGCUUCGAAUCCGUGAGACAGGGUGAGCAGGCCAGCCAGCAGGAUGGUAACACAUCCGGCCAUCCCCUGGGCAACGUCUCUGUAGAUGGCCAAUUUUCUCUCACCAGAAGCGACUUGCAGUAUGUUCUUAAGUCGCUUCUGACACAAUAAAAAAAAUGUGAGCUUGGCUGGAUGAGUGUUUAGCCUAUCGAACCUCAGUGAACUUGUAACAGCCUGUAGGUCUUUAGCCCCUUCUCCCAAUGGUGCCCGUGUGUGUAUAUUCAUGCAUCUAUUCUCAAUGAUGCAACUGAAAGGGAUUCUAGGCUAGAGAGUAGAUCUGCCUGAUAAACUAGAAGAGACAGGAAUGUGAUAGCAGGAGAUGGUAGGAGAAGGCAAAUUUCAGUUCCCUCUACAUAACAAGUGUUCUAUGUUGAUUGGUUUUUCAUCCUGUAACCCAACAUCACCUUGACAAGUAGGCCUGGACAGUUAUGUCUUUCCUCCCCCUCUUUCUCCACACAUCCAGACCAAGAGAACUAUCCAGGCCUUACACUGAGUGAUAACAAAUGUUUCCAGAUCUUCUAUCAAAAUAGUAUUGCCAAGUGAGGCACUGUAUUCUUUUAGAUUUCUUCCUUUACAGUGAACUUGUAACUCAAGUAAAGUACUCCAUCUGCCAGAAAAUUCUGUAGUAUCAUUGCUGUGGUAUCAUUGCUGAACUAAGCAGCAUUGCUGAACUUUGUAAAUCAGAAAAUAUGCAAAAGAACUAGACAUGGUGAGAGUGGGAGAAAAAAGAAGAAAGGGGCCAGCACUGUUAGGCUCUUGGAAGGUGAACAGGCUGUUGGAGGAGAGAAUGAAUCCAGAGAUCAACCUCAGCACAAUGUAGUCUGCUGGGAUGACACCAGAAUGUUGAUAUUUGAAGAAAAACAAUAUGAUUAGGGACUAUCCUGGAGGUGGCUUCCUGUGGCUUAUAAAUCUGUUUGUUUUUUUUUACUUAGUAGAUCAGGGGAAAAUGUUUUCUAAAAAGGUGUUAUAGGCAGAAGUAAUAGCAAGGCCAAAUAGAUUCUCAUCCCCUCAUUCCUUUUCAAAUAUAUCUGAAAGGGCCUUUUGCCCUCUAGUUCUCUUUCUCCUCAACCUAUUGUUGUUAAUUAUUUUUGGACAGGUGUGGUUUGAGAAAACAAAAUUGUUUAUUAAAUAAAAUACUGUGUUUUUGAAAUAUUUCCUUUUUUCACAUAAAUUGGUUAGAGCUCUCAUUUCCAGGGCAAAUACACUUUUUGUACAAUUAACUCUGAAAAGCAGUUCAAAGCUUUUCCAAAACGUGUUGUGCAUUUUAAUUAAUAAAUAUGGAGAUUUCAAAAAUCUUGCUGUAGAUACUCUUAUAAGGUAAAAAAAACUGUCUCAAGAAAGCCAUCUUAGAAUAUUAAAGGAUAUAAAUAAUAGACUGACCCAAUCUCUUAGAGGAGACCCUAAAAACUAUCUAUAUGAGCGUAAGCAGUCUUAUGAGGUUACAGUCUUAUGGAAUGAUUUGUGAUGGAAAGUUAUUAUUCUUUUCUAUACAAGUGUUGAUGACUUUGUUUCCAAUAGUUUAAGUCAGCCUUAUAACUUCAUAAGGAGUGGAAGAGACUCAAGGAAUUUUUUCAAUCUAUUGCUGAUGCAGAAAAUCCAAACCAGGACAUUAUAUUGAUCUAAAUCUUUCCUGUACUAGUGGGUUGCUAUGAUUAAAAUGGCUUGCUGGAUUCUGACUCCAGUUUUGCUCUACCUUGUUUCCUCUGUUCUGUUUUGCGUUUAUCAUUAUGGUGCACCAGAAGCGUAAUUUGGAGAAGACUCUUGAAGAGGCUUGAACUUAAUAUAUUUGGAUUUCCCCUUGCAUUAAGGUGUGGAGUUGGGUUCUAAUGCUUGUUUGUAAAGUACCAUAAUUUUGUUCAUCCCACAUAGAGUCAAUUUAUUUCAUCUCUGAUUUGCCAGUGCUCUGCUAGCUCUGUUAUGUGAUUCUAACAUACGGGUUGAUAGAUUCCUAGAUCACAGCCAAGUAUUUCUCUCCUUCUCCUGGCUUUACCAGUGUGAGCUGAGUCUUUGUGUUUUCUUGGUGUUACUGCUGCUACUGCAGUAUUCACAGCACAGUUUUUUUUUAUUUGAGGUGAUUAUACAUGUGACAAUUUGUUGUGACUGAAAAUGAAGCUACACAGACAUGUGAUAGAGAGAAGGUAAGUGUUAAAGGGUUUAUUGCUUUUUAAUAUAAACCAUUCCCAGAAUCCAUGUCACAGCUCCAUAUAUGGUGGUGCUUUUUUUCACCGAGUUACCAUGACAACAGCAGCAUUGCACCAUUCAUCAGCUUUGGACUGGGUUGCUAGCCUUUCGUGUUACUCCUGAAUGUUAAGGAGCAUAUCAGUGAAUCAUUCACUUUGGUAUACUGCGCCAUUACCUAUCUGUUUCUUCUGUAAUUUACUCUGACAAGGAGUGGGACAAAUGAAAGUGCAUCAUAGAGAGAAAUUCUGAAUAUGCUUAAUUUAAACCCCAGGGACCUAUAGAGUAUAUAUUUUUAGUGGUAGUCUGGAAAGACGGUUUGUUUAGUGCUGAAGGACUUAAUAGAAAGAAAAGCUUGGUAUUUCUGUGUACUAUCCUGAAAUUGACCUUGAAUUGGCUUUCCUCACUCACUCAGAAGAUGGAAUCACCAUUGGGGAUUGGCUUUGGGGAUCAAACCUGGAAAGACAUGUAACAUCACACUGAUGCUGUCAGUGGUGAUAUGGAUCUAGCAGCAAGAAAAUCAAGAGGGUGGAUUUCUGGCAGCAUUGCUUGUGAAAGAGGGUUUUUUUUUUGGCCAUAGUGGCAGAAAGAUUGCAUUUUAUCGACUAAUAGAAAAGAAGAACCAAAGCCUCUCCACUAAGGAAGGCAAAAUUUGUUGAGAGCCCUCGAAUCCCAGAAUCUGAGCUUGGCUCGCCAACACUCACUUCAGCACCAAAACUGGACCUUGAUGCCUACUGCCCUGGUGAAGCUGAGCCGGAACUGGGACCCCCUCCAUCUGUAGAUGAGGCAGCAAAUACACUCAUGACUCGCUUGGGCUUCCUCCUGGGAGAGAAAGUCAACGAGGUACAAGCAGGACAUCAGUACAGCAUGGAAGUACAGGAGGACAAUCAGACAUCAGCAGCAUCCCAGCGAAUAAGCCCAUGUUCCACAUUGACCAGCAGUACUGCUUCACCACCUGCCAGUAGUCCCUGUUCCACCCUCCCUCAGUCUAGUACCAAGGAUGUAAUAGCAAAGGAUGGCACUUACGGAGCUGUCACAAGCCCCACUUCUACUCUUGAAAGCAGAGAUAGUGGCAUCAUAGCAACACUAACAAGUUAUUCUGAAAAUAUGGAUCGCGCUAAGUAUGGAGGGGAAAGCAGUAAGGAAUUGGGAUCUGGAGGAAACCUGAAACCUUGGCAGUCUCAAAAAUCCAGUAUAGACUCCUGUUUAUAUCGAGUGGAUGAAAACAUGACUGCCUCUACAUACAGUCUAAAUAAGAUCCCUGAAAGGAACCUAGAGACCGUUUUAUCCCAAUCGGUACAGUCCAUUCCACUUUAUCUUAUGCCACGGCCAAACUCUGUAGCAGCCACUAGCUCAGCCCACUUAGAAGAUCUAGCUUACCUAGAUGAGCAGCGGCAUGCUCCUCUACGGACAUCUCUCCGGAUGCCUCGGCAGAGUAUGGCUGGUGCUCGCACACAACAGGACCUAAGAGUACGCUUUGCACCUUACAGACCUCCUGAUAUCUCUCUGAAACCACUGCUUUUCGAGGUGCCUAGCAUCACCACAGAAUCUGUAUUUGUUGGCCGGGACUGGGUGUUCCAAGAAAUUGAUGUACAGUUACAGAGUGCCGAUGCCAGCGUGAACAGGGGUGUGGUCAUUGUUGGAAAUAUAGGCUUUGGCAAGACAGCAAUCAUCUCAAGACUGGUUGCCCUGAGCUGUCAUGGCACACGCAUGAGGCAGAUUGCCUCAGACAGCCCCCACGCGUCCCCAAAACAUGUUGAUGCAAACAGAGAGCUUCCCCUCACCCAACAACCUUCUGCUCACUCCUCCAUUGCCAGUGGGAGCUGCCCAGGAACCCCAGAAAUGCGUAGGCGACAGGAAGAAGCUAUGCGGAGGCUUGCUGCCCAGGUUGUUGCGUAUCACUACUGCCAGGCUGAUAACGCCUACACCUGCCUUGUGCCAGAGUUCGUACACAAUGUGGCAGCCCUGCUCUGCCGCUCACCCCAGUUAGUUGCCUACAGAGAACAGCUGCUGCGGGAGCCACAUCUACAGAGCAUGCUUAGUUUGCGCUCCUGUGUUCAGGACCCCCUCGCUUCCUUCAGGAGGGGAGUUCUAGAGCCUCUGGAAAACCUUCAUAAAGAGCGGAAGAUUCCUAAUGAAGAUUUCAUCAUAUUGAUUGAUGGCUUAAACGAAGCUGAAUUUCACAAACCUGAUUAUGGGGAUACAAUAGUAUCGUUCCUCAGCAAAACGAUAGGAAAAUUUCCAUCCUGGUUGAAGUUGAUUGUAACGGUUAGAACAAGUCUACAGGAAAUAAUUAAGUUAUUGCCCUUUCAUAGGAUAUUUCUGGACAGACUAGAAGAGAAUGAAGCUAUAGAUCAGGAUCUCCAAGCCUAUAUCUUACACCGAAUACAUAGCAGCUCUGAGAUACAGAACAACAUCUCUCUUAAUGGCAAAAUGGACAACACAACCUUUGGCAAACUCAGUUCUCAUCUCAAAACUUUGAGUCAAGGAUCCUACCUAUACCUUAAACUCACGUUUGAUCUUAUAGAGAAGGGCUAUUUGGUGUUAAAAAGCUCCAGCUAUAAGGUAGUUCCUGUCUCCCUUUCGGAGGUCUAUCUACUGCAGUGCAAUAUGAAGUUCCCAACACAGUCUUCCUUUGACCGGGUAAUGCCUCUCCUGAAUGUGGCAGUAGCAUCUCUGCAUCCCUUGACUGAUGAGCAUAUUUUUCAGGCCAUCAAUGCCGGGAGCAUUGAAGGUACCUUGGAAUGGGAGGACUUUCAGCAAAGGAUGGAGAACCUCUCCAUGUUUCUUAUCAAGCGCAGAGAUAUGACUCGGAUGUUUGUCCAUCCAUCUUUUCGAGAAUGGUUGAUCUGGAGAGAAGAAGGAGAAAAAACCAAGUUUCUCUGUGACCCUAGGAGUGGUCAUACCUUGCUCGCCUUCUGGUUUUCUCGUCAGGAAGGAAAACUCAACAGACAGCAAACGAUUGAGCUGGGCCAUCAUAUUCUCAAAGCACACAUCUUUAAGGGAUUGAGCAAAAAAGUUGGGGUUUCCUCUUCAAUUCUCCAAGGGCUUUGGAUUUCCUACAGUUCGGAAGGCCUUUCCAUGGCACUGGCCUCACUACGGAACUUGUACACCCCCAACAUAAAGGUCAGUCGGCUGCUGAUCUUAGGUGGAGCCAACAUCAAUUACAGAACUGAAGUGCUGAACAAUGCCCCAAUAUUGUGUGUCCAGUCUCAUCUUGGUUACACUGAGAUGGUAGCGUUGCUGCUAGAGUUUGGAGCGAACGUUGAUGCCUCUUCUGAAAGUGGUCUGACAUCUCUUGGAUAUGCGGCUGCUGCUGGCUAUCUAAGCAUUGUUGCCCUGUUGUGCAAGAAGCGGGCCAAGGUGGAUCACUUGGACAAGAACGGCCAGUGUGCAUUGGUACAUGCAGCUCUCAGAGGUCAUCUGGAAGUUGUCAAGUUCUUGAUUCAGUGUGACUGGACAAUGGCUGGGCAACAGCAGGGGGUAUUCAAAAAGAGCCAGGCCAUCCAACAGGCUCUCAUUGCUGCUGCCAGCAUGGGAUACACUGAAAUUGUCUCCUACCUGCUUGAUCUCCCAGAAAAAGAUGAGGAGGAAGUAGAGCGAGCACAAAUCAACAGCUUUGACAGUCUUUGGGGAGAGACAGCUCUGACUGCUGCAGCAGGACGAGGCAAACUGGAAGUUUGUCGUCUGCUUCUUGAGCAAGGAGCAGCUGUAGCCCAGCCCAACAGGCGUGGGGUUGUUCCCUUAUUCAGUGCAGUCAGACAAGGCCACUGGCAGAUUGUUGAUCUCUUGCUCACCCAUGGUGCAGAUGUUAACAUGGCGGAUAAACAAGGUCGGACACCUUUGAUGAUGGCAGCUUCAGAGGGACAUUUGAGCACAGUAGAGUUUUUACUGUCACAAGGCUCAUCAAUAUCUCUAAUGGAUAAAGAAGGACUGACUGCCCUGAGUUGGGCUUGCCUAAAGGGCCACCUUUCAGUGGUGAGAGCUUUAGUGGAGAGUGGAGCGGCUACGGACCAUGCUGACAAAAAUGGACGCACUCCGUUGGAUCUGGCUGCUUUUUAUGGUGAUGCUGAGGUGGUUCAGUUCCUGGUUGAUCAUGGUGCCAUGAUUGAGCAUGUGGAUUACAGUGGGAUGCGACCCCUCGACAGGGCAGUGGGUUGUCGCAAUACUUCCGUUGUAGUCACACUCUUGAAGAAAGGAGCCAAGAUAGGCUGUCAGACGUUACCGAGUCGCCCACGAGGUCCAGCAACCUGGGCGAUGGCCACUUCCAAACCAGACAUCAUGGUCAUCCUGUUGAGCAAGCUGAUGGAGGAGGGGGACAUGUUUUACAAGAAAGGGAAAGUGAAGGAAGCUGCCCAGCGCUACCAAUACGCUUUGAAGAAAUUCCCCCGAGAAGGAUUUGGAGAGGACCUGAAAACCUUCCGGGAACUGAAGGUCUCACUUCUUCUCAAUCUGUCCCGGUGUCGGAGGAAAAUGAAUGAUUUUGGAAUGGCGGAGGAAUUUGCUACUAAAGCACUGGAGCUGAAACCGAAAUCUUAUGAAGCUUACUAUGCAAGAGCAAGGGCCAAACGCAGCAGCAGACAGUUUUCAGCAGCACUGGAGGACCUGAACGAGGCCAUCAAGCUCUGUCCAAACAACCGUGAAAUCCAGCGUCUGCUGAUGCGAGUGGAGGAAGAAUGCAGACAAAGCCAGGCACAACUGCAGCAACAGCCUCUUGUAGUAUCUGAACCUGAAACACAACAUGAAGAGUUGUAUGAGGUGCAAGACAUCUUGGAAGAAGAAUAUAUUGAGCAAGAUGUAGAAAACAUUUCUGUUGGCUUGCAAACAGAGUCACGACCCAGCCAAACGCUGCCCAUCAUCCAGAGCCCUCCCUCUUCCCCUGCCCACCGAGACUCUGCCUACAUCUCCAGCUCACCACUUGGUUCCCAUCAGGUCUUUGACUUCAGGUCAAAUAGUUCUGUGGGAUCACCAACCAGACAAGGGUACCAGCCCACUUCUCCAGCACUCUCCCCAACACACCAGAAUUCCCAUUAUAGACCUAGCCCACCACACACAUCACCGGCUCACCAGGCCUCUUACCGUUUUAGUCCACCUCCAGUUGGUAGCCAAGGAAAGGAAUAUCAGAGCCCACCUCCUUCACCUCUUCGUCGUGGUCCUCAGUAUCGAGCCAGCCCUCCUGCAGAGAGCAUGAGUGUCUACAGGGCUCAGUCAGGCUCACCAGUCCGAUAUCCACAGGAACCCAGCAUCAGUCAACUUCCCAGUCGACCAAAGUCUCCACUCUCUAAAAUGACACAGAGGUCUUUCCAGAUGCUUCCACUUCCUGUUGCAGUCCCCCAGCAAGGGCUCAGGCUCCAACCUGCUAAGGCACAAAUCGUCAGAAGCAACCAGCAAAGCUCAGCUGUGCACUGCAGUACUGUGAUUCCAACGGGCACCUAUGGCCAAGUAUCCCAUUCAGUGGCCAGCAAAUACCAGUCUCCAUCAGCAGAAAUGGCUGUUAGCCAAAGUCGGCUGGUCUACCAGAGCUCUGUUGGGGGAAUAGUUGGGGAUGGGAGGCCAGUGCAGCAUGUUCAGGCCAGUCUCAGUGCAGGGGCCAUUUGCCAGCAUGGAGGGCUGGCUAAAGAGGAUCUUCCACAAAGGCCUUCCUCCGCCUAUCGUGGUGGGAUGAGAUAUAGCCAAACUCCACAAAUUGGACGUAGCCAGUCAGCUUCCUAUUAUCCAGUCUGUCAUGCAAAGCUUGAUCUGGAACGGUCCUCUCUCCCCUCUACCCAGCUUGGUUCUCCUGACAUCUCUCACUUGAUACGAAGGCAGAUGACAGUAAACCCCAAUGAAAUAAAGCCCCAUCCACCAACUCCAAGGCCUUUGCUUCAUUCUCAAAGUGUUGGCCUCAGAUUUUCCCCUUCUAGCAAUAGUAUAUCCUCCACUCCCAAUUUGAAUCCCCCUUUCCGUCCUUCUGCUUCUAUUCAGCAGAUGGAGAUUCCUCUCAAACCAGCCUAUGAUAGAUCAUGUGAUGAGCUUUCCCCAGUCUCCCCAACACAAGGCGGCUACCCCAGUGAGCCUGCCCGCUCCAGGACCACACCUUUUAUGGGAAUCAUAGAUAAAACUGCCCGGACUCAGCAAUAUCCCCAUCUACACCAACAGAACAGAACCUGGGCUGUGUCUUCAGUGGAUACUGUUAUAAGCCCCACAUCUCCUGGAAAUCUUCCCCAGCAGGAAACAUUUAGCCCACCUUCUUCUAUCAGCAGCAUUGCCUUUUAUAAUAAAACCAACAAUGCACAGAAUGGCCAUUUGCUGGAGGAUGACUAUUACAGUCCACAUGGGAUGUUGGCCAAUGGCUCCCGAGGAGACCUCCUGGAGAGAGUUACCCAGACCUCUUCAUAUCCCGAUGUUAAGGUGGCCAGGACACUGCCUGUUGCACAGGCAUAUCAGGACAAUCUCUAUAGGCAACUUUCCAGAGACUCCAGGCAAGGACAGACAUCCCCUAUCAAACCAAAGAGACCAUUUGUGGAGUCUAAUGUGUGAAAUGGAUGUGUCUUGGAGUUAAGAGCCUUGUGUUUUCAGCACAUUUUUCCUGGCUGAAUUCUCAUAAUUAUGUUGCUGUUUUUUCUUCCUUUUAAAAAAUUUCAAUUCACUAGUGGGCCAGGGAUUUUCCUGUGAUUUCUGUGUGAUGAUGAGGCAGUCCAAGACAUGCUCCAAACCCUUUGCUGCACAGAGAUGACCUCAGCUAAAGCCAGCACUGUAAAUGUUUUCAGCUGUUAGUCAGUUUUAGUACAUGGUACUGGAGCUAACCCAAAACAGAUUCCAACCACACUCAAAGGAGGUAACCAGCUCUUGGAAGAAGCCUUUAUUGUUUGGAAAUUGCACUCUUCAAUCAGCACCAUGCUGUCCACAUUGUUUCCUUGCAUCCAAAGAGCUUGUUUAUCUGUACAGAAUGGGGCUUUUCUUUUGUUUUUAAUAUUAAUAAGGAGCUAUGCAUAAAACCCAUCCUGCUUAUCUCAUGUGAUAGGAUUGUACAUUAGUGUUAAAAAUUCAUUAUUGAAAAUUUUUAACAUCCUUGUUUGCCAGCAUAUUUGUAUGGACUAUCACGGGUAACAUUGCUUUGGAAGGCAUGUUCAAAAUUUUCAAAUAAGCAUUUCAGUAAAUAUUCAGGGAGACAGAAGUAACCUCCCUAUUUUAGCCAAUCAGUAGGUGGCUUGAUCUGGAUAUUGGACAUCCAGUUGAUUUUCAAGUGGGCUUGCCCUCUGGAUGGAGUUGCAUCUAACUAAUUCACAAAAUACAAAUUGGGUAAAGUCCCAGUGCUUUAAAGCAGCCUUGCUAACUUUCAGUUUUCAGGUGCGGUCAUCAUUCCUGCCAACUGUCUAUGCUUACCUGAGAUGUUGGGAAGCACAGACCAGCAUUCUUGCAUCAACUAAGGUUUAGAGAGGCUUCCUUACAGCAUGAUGGGGAUUGUGAAAGGUCCAGAAUGUGACCAGGCCCUCCUACAGUGGUAGCUAAAGCAUUUCCCAGUUGCAGUUGUUUCUCGAGCAGAAAUGUUUUGAUCCAUGUAGUCAUUCCUGUCUUGCAGAUACUUUGAACACAUUUGAGUUUUUUGUUCUUCUCCAGUCGUGGUACACUACAGCUUGGGUUAUCUAGGAUUGUGUAAUAUGAGGUUAAACUAAUAUGGUUUUCAUGGUAGAUGCUGGACUAUUUUUCUAGGCCAAAAUAAAAAAAAGCAGAGUGAUUAAUUAGUAAAGCUCAAUAGAAUAUCAGAUGCGCGCACGCACACACACACACACACACACACACACACACACACACACACACACAAACCCAGUGAGGAUGCCUGGAAACAAGAAACGGUUAUUACUAAAUGGCAAGGGCCUAAUAAAAGUUGUCUGUGCCACUUUAUGUUGCCUCAGAAAGCCCUGAUGUACUACCACAGGGGAAUGGAUGGAGAAAAUAAUCUGUAAAUCUAUUCAGGAGCACAGGGCACCCCAGAGAUAGAUGGAAGUAUCUCCAAGGCCUUGAAGAUGUCAGAAACACAAACACGAACAUCACACGCUGCCCUUUCUGCAUUUUGAUAGCAUAACAUCAACCCAAAUGCUUCCAGUGAAUCUUUUCACUACAGCAUGGUUGUGAUGAGAGUAGGCAUACCAUUUCUUGGUUUCAGACUGAAAUGAUAGAUUUUUGUUUCUGUUGACAAUAUUUAUGCAAUGGCACUGUAGUUUCUGGUUUAUGCACCUUUUGCUUCUAGUUUGUUUUCAAUACAUUGCUUCAUUUCAAGAGUAUAUGUGCUGCCACGGGGAACUCAUCUCCAUUAAGAACGAUAAAACACAUAUUUCCCUGAAAAUCACACAAAUAUUUAAACAGUUUUAUUUGAGAUUUCACCCUUUAUUUUACACAUCGCUUUUCAGCUCCUUUAUGAUUAGAUUCCAAAAUCUGUCUGCUUUAAUAAACCACAGUGGGCAAGGAGCAGCAUUUUUCUGAUCAGGGCAUCCUAAGACAUGCUGAAGUCAACAAAUGCAUAGCUUUGCAGGUACUUCUUUUCAAGGAGGGCAUGGUUUAAAUGUUUUAACACAUUCAAAGAAAAAGCAGUGUACCUUAUGAUGUGGGUGGAGAGGGUGUUCUUAGGUAGCUAAGAUAUAAAGAAGACACAACUACAAAAUUCCUUGCACUUAUUCAUGGAUUAGAUAAAACCACUCCCUGCUCCAGCCCCUUCUCCAGUAUUUUUGUGUCCCAAGGACACUUUUAAAAAGGGGGAUCCUUUUUUCCUUAACCUAAAGGGAUCUUCAAGAUUUCUGUGUUAUAGAAAUAUUUUCUGCUUUAUGAAGACAUGCUAUUUGAAACUCUAGAAUGGGAAUAUGCAUCAAACAAGAAUAUCUGUCUAUGUGUUUAUCAGUGAUUUGUUUCUUUAAUUUGAGCCUAUUUGGGGACUGCUUGCAUUAUACAGAAACUAAAUCCCAUCUUGUUGCAGCAGUGCAAGGUCAAAAUAAUUGUGCUUUUUCCUGCCUUAGGGCUGUGACAGAAGGCACUAGUACCAAAUUCUUCAGUACAAUUGAUGCACAUUGAGACACUGCAUUUUCUUGUCUUUCCCGAGAAAGCAAUUGGGGAAAACAACGAAAUUUAGCCUCCACCACUCCGUAGGAAACAAAGGAACAAUGCUGCUGUCAUGCCAAUUGUCUUUGCAAUUUCAGGAUGUGAAUCUUUUUGAUGAUACAGUGUGCAGAGCCUUGAAUUCUGCUCUGAUCUUCACUGCCAUGGGGUUUCCGGCCCUGUACCUGUUGACAUUAAGCAGUUAGGAAAAGAUGUCAGUAAUAGGGUGCCAUAUACAUCUAAGAUAGGGGUUAAAUAUGGCUCUUGCGCAGGGAGUUCCCUCUCUUCACAACAGUACUGUGUUGUGAUUCCACAGGAUUCUUGCACUGAUAGGUUUGCCACCUGGUCUCUGUAAAUGGAGUGCACUUUACAGUUACAUUAGAUAAGUACUUAUUGUUUAAGCUUGAUUGGUGUCUUCAUUAGAAAUACAGCAGAACAGCUAAGAUCUUGUCUUUCAGUGUAUUUAAACAAAGCAGAAGCAAUGACUCAAAAUAUAUAGCACAAAUAUUAGCUGUUGUGUAUAAGCAUCAAAAGUGUUUUUUUAAUAUGAAGAGAAAUAUUUGCUGUGACUUAAACUGAUCUCCCAGCAAUUCUCUUUUGGAGUACUUGAAGCUGAAUUGUUGCUGUUUUUAAUGAUACAUGUUGGCCAGGGAGGCGUCAUUAAUCGGGAUUGGCAAUGGGCUAUACUUUCAGCUUAUAUGUUAGUCAUGAUUUGUGUCCUCACCUAAAAAAAAAUAGAGCACAGCUUAAUUUAUUUAACUGUCCUUUCUGCAAGUUAAAAGCCUUUGCAAGUGAGCUUCUCCUACUCAGGGAAGCUUUAUAAAAUAGAUAACACCAGAAAAACCUGAGGGCUCACAAAUGAGUUAAAAGAGAUAAUGAAAAAUAACAGCACCCCCUCAUCCAAAUUCCAAGUUUGAGAGCUCUUGUAAACACACCAAAUAAACCAUGUCCUUGCAGCAACACUUCUGCUUUGAAUGUAUGCUUAUUUUAUUAAAAUGUACCAUGUGAUUUUAUGCUGAGAUUGCAGUAGAGCUUUCAUUUGCUUACUGGAAGCCUCAUUCUAAAACUACAAUGAAUCAAGAUUCUGGCUUGUGGUUGAGUCAUGGUGCUUGAAACUGUGAAUUGAUCAUUGUUUCUGAGGGCCUAACGAAACGUGAGGCCUCAGGACCCUUUCUCUCCCUACUGAGUUUUCUCCUGGCAAAACUCAAUCCUUAAUGCUUGACAUGUCAUGCAAAUAGCAGCUUCAGACAAAUGUAUUUUGUAGGGCCAGAGCAGGAGAGAAAGAAAGCUCAACUACCUCUCCCUGUUCUUCAUGCUCCAACCUUGAUAGCUGUUUACAUAACUGUCCUUUUAGCACUGUAUCUAGUUUGCUCCUGAGCUUUCUCCCUAAAGGUUGCCUGGUUGCCUGCCACUGAGAAUUUGAAAUGGUUAGCUCCUACCAGGUCCUAAAAACAGGAUGAACGUCACAGUCCAUUUCAAGCUCUGCUUGGCUUCAAGGAAGAACGCUGUCACAUGGCUUCAGUGCUGGUUGCUAGAAACGUUCUUAUAGAAUAAGGUUCCCUUUUAAAAACCACGUUCACAGGAGAGGGGCAGAAUAAGCUCUUUCCUUUGCAGGCUCAAAGGCAGGAUCUGUCCACCGACGCAGAGCAUUUGGAGAACAUUUCUUUCAAAUACUAAGGCUGUAGGGCUUUUCAUGUGUUUAUUUUUGCAAGCUUUAGGGAGUGGACAGCAGAGAGUGAACAAACCUAGGCAUAUUUUGAAAACCCACAUCUCUAGACUGGUCUUGAGCAGCAACUAACAAAUUGCUAGGAUUUCGGAUCCACACAGGAAGAGAUCUAGUAAAACAAAAAAACCGAAGUGCCAGCUUCUCUGCUCCUCUGCGCCUUACAUAUAGUAAUGAACAUCACUCCGUGCCUAGAAAUUCUUCUCUGCUUAAGGUGGCCCCUUUCAAACUCGUCAAUAGCAGGCUACAUCUGUCCCCAUUUCUACCACCCCUCCCUCCGUACAUGGGAGUUCCAGGUCCUUCAUCUUUCAAAGUUCAGCUUUUUCAAAGGGCUUAGAGCAAGCAAAAUGUAAUGUACCUCCAUUGACAUGUUCAAUGCCUUCAUUAAAUUUAUGAUUGCUGUCAGGCUAAGGCGGAGGAAUUUGGGACACAAGCACAAAGGGGUGGGAAACCUAGACUUCCCCUCCCCAGUUACUUGAAUACUAUUGCUGAAUAAUUUUUUGUCCCCCAACAAGAAGAAGAAAAUCAUAUUAAGGGCUGAACUUACACAGCAGGCUGUUGUGUGUGCAGUUGUAGAUGGCUGGAUUAUUCUACAGAACCUCAACAUAGUAUUGUUGAUCUACUAUAUCAGACUAGACCCUUUGCUACAAGUAAAUCCCUGUAAUCUAUUUCUUCUCACUAAUCACUUGGAGCUGCUCUUGUAUAACCACUUUCUCAUUAGAAAGGCAGAGACUGCUAGCUGAUUCUGUGUUGCUUCAUUUGUGCACGUGAGAGGCUACUGAGAGAAUGGGAGGAGUUUUGCACUUUUAAACUUGCUUAGAAAUAAAAAGUGAGAUGUGACUUUUGUAUCUGCUGGCUGCCAUCACACUGAGUCAUUAGAGAGGUGGGACAGUUCAGCUUUAUUCUUGGACCUUCACCAGAUCCUGGUUUGGAUCCAGACGUAUUCAUACUCAGGCAGACCCAUUAGAAUCAGUGAAAAUAAAGUGUCACGAGUCCCACUGAUUUUAGUAGGUCUCUUGUAACUGUGAUUAAAUCUGGAAUCAAUCAUCUGAAUCGCCUAUAGGUACCCAUUCUUACUUACCAAUACUAAUAUUCCUACAUAAUGCAAGGCACUAAUCUGUAUUGGUCCAGGGUUUGGGGGUAUUUUGGAGGGGAUGAAUGUUUUGCUAUUCUUAAUGCACCAGUUAAAUGUAUUUCUCAUUUCAAUGGAGUUCUUUCAUUGAUAAUUUUCUUCCCCUGGAGCAUUGCAGCAUUUUGCCUGCCUUGUCUGCCUCUGUACAAUAACACAGCACUCCUUUGUAUUAAAAACCUUUUUGGUUGUCCAUCCUUCAAGACACUUGCUGGGAAGACAAUUGUUUUUUUUUUCCUUUUAGCUUUUCUAUAAUUCUGAUGUAAAGGAUUUUCUCUGUACAGUAUAAUAAUAUUCAAUUGCAUGUUCUGUUCUCUUACUGAUAUAUUGAAUCACCACACAGUUGUGAUCUUUUGCAGCAGGGCAGCCGCACAAAUCCCUGCGCUUGGCUAAGGCUCUUGGCCACCCCUGUAUAAAGGAAAGAAACGUGUUUCUUUCCCUUCACUGUACUUGCUUGAGCAAAGUUUUAUUGUCUGUACAUGUGAGCUGUGAGAUAGACGUGGAAAAAGUUCAAAAAGAAUGCAUUCUUCCCUUCCCCUCCCUAAUGUAUACAGAUUGUAACCUGUACAAUGAACUGUAUGUAUGAAAAAAAUGUACUUAUUUAUAAAUGGUUAACACUUGGAAAA